GUGUCACCGCCACGCCGGAAGCGCGGCGGCAAGAUGGCGGCGCUCCUGGCGCGGCUGUGUCGGGGCGCUCCCGGCCUCCGCGUCUCCCGCCUGCCUCUCGCCGCCGCCGCUCCGCCUCUGCGCCGCCCCUCCGCGCCGUCGGGACGGCCGCGCCUGCUCAGCUUUUCAGCGUCCGAGCUGGUGCGCGCCGCGCCGGUGCCGCUGCAGCCAUACCUGCGCCUCAUGCGGCUGCACCAGCCCGCCGGGACGUGGCUGCUGUACCUGCCGUGCACAUGGAGCAUCGGCUUGGCGGCCGAGCCGGGCUGCCUCCCCGACUGCCACAUGCUGUCCCUCUUCGGCCUCGGGGCGGUGCUCAUGCGCGGAGCCGGCUGCACGAUCAACGACAUGUGGGAUCGCGACUAUGACAGAAAGGUGGCAAGGACGGCAAGCAGGCCCCUGGCAGCUGGAGAUAUCUCCACUUUCCAGUCCUUUGUUUUUCUUGGUGGACAACUAAGCUUGGCACUUUGUGUGCUUCUGUGUCUGAAUUACUAUAGUAUCGCUCUGGGAGCAGCCUCUUUGUCUCUUGUGGUCACCUACCCUCUGAUGAAGAGAAUAACAUAUUGGCCACAAUUAGUUUUGGGACUUACAUUUAACUGGGGAGCCCUUCUUGGCUGGUCUGCCAUCAGAGGGUCAUGUGAAUGGUCUGUGUGUUUGCCCUUGUACUUAGCUGGAGUAAUGUGGACUCUGGUAUACGAUACCAUUUAUGCGCACCAGGAUAAGAGGGACGACAUCAUGGUUGGUGUGAAGUCAACAGCAUUACAGUUCAAGGAGGAUACGAAGCAGUGGCUCAGUGGCUUCAGCCUUGCAAUGCUCUUGAGUUUGUGCAUGGCAGGAAUGAACUGUAACCAGACAUUUCCAUAUUACUCAGCUGUGGCUGCUGUAGGGGCUCACCUAGCACAUCAGAUUUACACUUUGGACAUAGACAAACCUGAAGACUGUUGGAAGAAAUUUGCUUCAAAUCGUACUGUUGGAGUUCUGCUCUUCAUAGGCAUUGUGCUUGGAAAUCUGUGGAAACAAAAAGACUUAAAAAAUGCAAAAGAAAACAGCUGAAAUUACUACAAAUAGUUCAGCUGGUAAGAAAGUACUGUAAGAAGUAACACACUUAUAACUGUAGCUACCUUAUACUGUUUAUUUAUAAAAGCUGGUGAAAACAUUCUUGUUUCUAAAAACAUGCGAAUGAGGUUAUCCUACAGUGUAAGUUUUAAUCAAAUGACUUCAACUUCUGUAGAAGCUUCAACAAGUGAAGCUGCUCUGCUGGUCCUGUGCAGCACAGGCAAACUUCUGUCAGGCUCUCAAGACUGCGAGCUCAGGAUUUGACAUGAAACAAAUGUCUCUUAGUGACAGCACGUGAGAAAAUGCAGAUGUAAAUAAAAUCUGUCUGUACAUGUUUGGUAUUCUGAUUUCUGUUACUUGAGUUGUGAUAAAUUUUGAGUUGGAGCUUUUUACGUGAAAGAACUGCAAUAAAAACUUCUACCCUAACAUGUCUAGAAGCAGUCAGGACUCAGAGUGUGUAAGGUCCAGAAUAUGAAGUCAAAGGAGAAGUAUUUAAAAUUACCUUUUGCUCUUGCUGUAAUUGCUGGCAGUGAUUCUUUUUCAUGUGCAAAGAACAGGCUUCUGCAAAGUUUCCUGCACAGAAUGAGCUGAGCUCAUUUAUCAAGAACGGUUUGAACACAGAUUUCUGACUAGAAAACAGAGCAGCCCAGAGCUGUUGCCAAGUGUGCAUGACUGGUGGCUUCCCCUGACCUACAAGUACCUCAUGCAAAGAGAUCCUCAUUUUUAUUUUCAGUUUUUAGUUGUAUUCAUUUUGACUUAUGUCUGUUGGUUUUAUUGUAGUAUUACAGUGAGAAGUUGUUUAUAGGAGAAUGCUUAUAAACAAUAAAAAUAGCAACUGCAGGCUAACAAAUACAUUGCUUUGAACCAUUCAUGUUUUCAGCCAGUUUAUCCUCACCCAGUUAUGUAAUUUGCACUGUAGUUAACCUUUUCUUUGACUCAGGGUAUUAAAGACCUUGUAUGGCAUAUUCAGGAAUUGAUUUAUGUGGAAGGAGCAAUGGGUAAGCCUGUUCUGGGAGAAUGAUACGGUGGAGUUUAUCUCAGUUCACAAACUGGUAGGCACUGGCAAGCAAUGCAAGGUGGCUUUGUGUAUGCCUAUAUGUGGGGAUGUGGUUUGGUGGUGCAGAGUGUUCUGUUGCCAAACUCUCUAUGGUAUUCCCACAAGCUUUCCUAAUGUCUGCUCUGCUCCUUCAGUGCUGUGGCACAACUGUGUGUCCAGCAGCACCAAAAAUAAGGUUGCAUACUGCUCUAGCUCUAAAGAUGGGUAUUAUGUUUUCAGGUUAUUUAAACCAAUAUAUCUGCUGGACACUGCAGUUCAGAGCCAGGCAUUCAAGGUUUGUUAACUGUAGUUUUGCAUUACCGACAAUGGUGAACAAGCGAAGAAGUUCCUGUUGCACGGCAAUGAGAAGCCAUAGAAUGAGUCAAUGGCUUUGGUCACAGAACAUUUUUUUGGGGCCUGGAACAGACUCCUGUGUGUUCUGAACAUUUCUUGAACAUACACCUUGUAAAGCUGGCUUUUUCCUUCUACUGUUUAAACCAGUGAUGAUAAAUACGUUUUGAACAAAUUAGAGUAGAUUUUUCAGCCUGACUGCAUAUAAGACAACUACGUGAAAAUGUUAGGAAGCAUAACUGCUUUUAGGGCCUCCUUGGUCCUCACACAGAAAUUCUUAAAUAGGAUUUAUGAUUUUGGGGUGGAGAAAGUAUUCCGUUGAAGAAAAGCAGUUCAAAAAUUAGGAAUAACAAGUUUCUGAGCAAUUAUGAGUUGCAUUUUGUAGAGGGAGGAUUGGAUGCAUCCAGCUUUGUGCUGAACUUUCAGUAUAAGGCAUUUACUUGUAAUAAAAAAGUAUUGUGAUGUAA